CCCAGAAGUGAAUAAGGAAGCGGCGGACAAUACAAGUGAAUUAUUGUGCUGGUCCGUGAUUAAAUAGCAGAUAAUUGGACGUUGUUGUUCCCAGGAACAACGAAAGCAUGUGAAGCUUUAUCGCUUUUAUUUACUGUAUUGUUCAGUAACAUAAGCGAGAAAUAGCAGAUUUAAUGGUACGUUGGAAGCCAGAGCUUCAGGUAACGUCAACUAGCCUACGCCCCUGCGUGUGAGGCAAGAUGUCCACUAAAGAGGGCGGCGGUGCCAAAGUGGUGGCCUCCCCUGAGAAAAUUUCCACGGACAAACACAGAACGAACCAGCAGGACCAUACGGGUGCUGAUGUGACGGGCAGCAAUUCAGACACCAGCAUAACGGCUAAAAAUUUGGCUCUACUUAAAGCACACUCUCUGGAUGUAAAGUUUGACGUCGGAGAGGAGUACGAUGUCAUAGAAACCAUCGGUACAGGGGCGUAUGGUGUGGUUUCAUCUGCCAGAAGGAGGGACAACGGCCAGCAGGUGGCAAUAAAGAAGAUCUCCAAUGCUUUUGAAGUUGUGACAAAUGCCAAGCGAACAUUAAGAGAACUCAAGAUCCUAAAACACUUUAAGCAUGACAACAUUAUCGCCAUCAAAGACAUUCUGCAGCCGAACCUUCCUCACUCUGCCUUCAAGUCUGUAUAUGUUGUUUUGGACCUUAUGGAGAGUGACCUGCACCAGAUCAUUCACUCUGCCCAGACGCUAACCCCUGAACACACACGCUACUUUCUCUACCAGCUUCUCCGUGGCCUAAAGUAUGUGCACUCCGCCAAUGUCAUCCACCGUGACCUCAAACCCUCAAACCUGCUGGUGAAUGAAAACUGUGAACUGAAAAUUGGGGACUUUGGAAUGGCGAGGGGUCUGAGUUCCCAUCCUGAGGAGUCUUAUUGUUUUAUGACUGAGUACGUAGCCACCCGAUGGUACCGCGCUCCUGAACUUUUACUGUCACUCAAUCACUACAGUUUGGCCAUUGAUAUGUGGUCUGUGGGCUGCAUCUUUGCUGAGAUGUUGGGUCGGAAGCAACUUUUCCCUGGGAAGAACUACGUCCAACAGCUCCGGCUCAUUCUAAGCGUGUUAGGCACUCCCCCUGAGGGUUUGAUCGGAGCCAUCAGGGCUGACAACGUUCGCUCCUAUGUUCAGCGUCUCCCAUCUCAGACACCUGUGCCUUUAUCCAAACUGUACCCACAAGCUGAAGCCUCAGCAUUAGACCUCUUACAGGCCAUGCUGCAGUUUGAUCCUCGUGAACGCAUCAGUGUGACAGAGGCACUGGAGCACCCAUAUCUGUCCAAGUACCACGAUCCAGACGACGAGCCAACUUGCGUGCCAGCUUUUGACUUUGAGUUUGACAAGCUUCAAUUAAACAAAGAACAAAUUAAAGAGGCUAUUUUGAUGGAAAUUCAAGACUUUCACAAAAAGAAACUGAGCUCUCGUCCACGACUGCAGUUUAAGCCUUUGCCGAGGGCUAACAGCGGAGCCGCAGCCCAAAGCAGUAACCAGCCAGCAACUGUUGAUCUGACCAACCAAACAUUGGCCGUGAUGGCGCAUCACCUUGGAGCGAAACAGAUUCAACAACAGCAAAUGAGAGUAGUGAAAUCCCAGCAGGAACAAAACUUACCAGCAGAUGUGAACCAAGCAUUUACAAAGCAGGUUGACCUCGUCCGGCCUCACGUGGCCCAUCAUUUGCCUCUCCUCAGUAAAAGUGAAAGUGCCCCAGUCGACGUGGACAUGCCCAGUGCCAACUCCGACAGCGGUCAGCCAGAGACGAUAGAUCUGACCACUCCGGUGUCCACUCAUGACCCUCCAUCAGAAGUCAUGAGAGAUGGUGAGGCACAGGAGGGAAUAGCUACUAUGCCUAGUCAGCCCAUGGAGCCUACAUCUACUAAUCAACCACAAGCACAAACCAUGACCCCUCUGCCAGCAACCAAACCUACCCUGUCUCUGUCAGUGGCACAGGCCCAGUCUCUGUCUCAAUCUCUUUCGCACUCACUGUCUAAGAAUGCAAGGCCGCCUCCACGUGCAGCAGAGGGAACCAGAAAGGAAGGCGCCAUUUCUGAAGAUACCAAAAAUGCACUAAAAGCAGUUUUGUUAAAAUCAGCCCUAAGAAAUAAAGCCAGGGGCGAUGGAGGUUCCUCUGCGCUGGGCAUCGAUGGCGGAACAGGAGGAGGCCCUUCCUCUGCAGUAUCUUCAGUUCCUGAGUCGAGGAGGCCCGUCACAGCUCAGGAGCGCCAGCGAGAGAGAGAGGAAAAAAGGAGAAAGAGGCAAGAAAGAGCACGAGAAAGGGAGAGAAAACUGAAGGAAAAGGAAAGAAAAGAGAAAAAACAGGGGGACUCGCUGGGCGGGGUCCUGCUGAGCGACAACGACAAAAGCCUCUUGCAGCGCUGGACAAAGAUGAUGGACAGCCACAGCGAGAAAUCCCAGACUGCUACUGAUGGGAAAAGUAAGGAUUUCAACCAGAAUUCCCAGAAAAUCAUUGAGAACAAUAAAAUAAACUUGGAGGCAGGGAAAAUUCUUCCUCCAGAGCAGCUAGUCUCUCAAGUAAAGCCGAACCAGCAGGGGAUGUUUCAGCCUCCCUCUUCCCAGCAGCUGGCUCUACCUUUCGCCAUAAGCCAGAAGAAGCCUCCGAGGGAUGUAGAUGUUGCUGCAAGGGGAGCGAUGGACAUGACAGUCACCGGUGGCUAUGUAAAAAACGACACACUCCAACCUCACACUGAGGGCAAUGGGGAGGGUGGAUUCAAUGGUGUGGGGAACUGGAGCAACCAGAAACUGGAAUCAAGGACAACACAGCAACCGUCCAGCUUCCUUCAGCCCCAGCUCCAACAGCAGAGUCAAUCACAGCCGGACCCCAAAUCUCAGACACACCUUCUUCCCCUGGAGAAUUUUUUGUCCAAAGCUCCUUCAAUAACCAUCAGAGAGGCAAAUGGAAAUGUGGACGUUAGAGGUCAGAAUAGCCUCAACUCGUUCACUGCGAGUACAGGACUCUUAGAGAAGCUCUGCCCCUCUAUGGGUGAGAAAACGGCUGCACAAAGUAUAAACCAUCUAUGUGGGCAUUUAGGGGUUCCCUCUCAGCCACACCCUAGUUUGGGAUUUACAGACACGGGACAACAAGGGUCAUCUGUUGCCCCCGACAUCCACACAGUAACACUGCAGCUCUCAAAGUCCCAGGUAGAGGACAUUUUACCUCCUGUGUUCUCAGUCACCCCCAAGGGCAGUGGGGCUGGGUACGGUGUGGGCUUCGAUCUCGAUGACCUUUUCAACCAGUCUCUAAUAACAGAGCUGCAACACGGCGACAGGGACAGCUACGACUCAACCCCUCUCUCUGCCUCCCUGCUAUCUGAUUGGAGCGAGGUCCACCGCAUGACUCCGGCUGACCUCGAGUCUCUGCAGCAGGAGCUGCAGCUCGGCUCGCCCAUGAUCCUCUCAGAUACCAUCCCCCACGACGCCUGACUCAACACUUGUUUGUGUUUUAAUCAACAUGAGCAAGAUGUAUCAAGUCACAGUGAUUUUUAUUCCAUACAGAUCAUAAAACAUUUCAUAAAUCAUGCUGCACUUUCUUUAAUAAAGAUUUUUUAAAGCA